AUGCGCCAAGUAUUCGGAGGAUUCCGAUUAACCCGUCGAGUCCAAGCGCAGGGAGUAACAAAGAAGCGGAAGUUUAGUGGUGGAGAGAAAGAAGUCACCGACGUAGCAGGAAGACAAGCGUUUGGGGCGUGUACCAAGGAACAAGGGAGGAGCGGAAGGAAGCGGAGCGAACGGUGUCAAGUCAAUGAAUCCAAUGAACCGGUGAAGCGUGUACAACGCAAUGCACGGUGCACACCAAUCCGAUGGACAGUACCAGGCCGAAGAAAGAAAGGCACGGAGGAUGGGGGAAAAUUCCCACCCGGUGAAGUAUUACAAGCGGAGGGCGUAGUCGAAUCGAAUUUAGAUUGGAACGCACAAACGAAUGCACGAGGAGGGCCGAGGGCCAGGAAUAACGUGAGAGGGCCAGAAUUACGGAGUAUUCAGUUGAGCGGGAAUGCGGGAAUAGGCGAUGUAGACCGCGGCUUCCGACCUUCAACAACACACGCAUGUCCACCAGACUUGCAUCGCUUGCAUACAUUAUCGCCCUGCGGGAACUCACACUUCAUCUGUUGUCCCCCGCAUUCGUGUUCCCCAUCAGAACAUGAAGGACCGUUAUCAGCAGAGAGAAGAAUAGAGUCGGUGGAGGAAGCAGUAGUGUUAUUCGCGUCCGAGUUCGAGUUCGAGUUUGCAUCCGCGUUCGUAUCGGGGUUCGCAUACACGUCAGAGUCGAAGUCGAAGUCGAAGUCGUGUUCGGAAUCGGUGAUGCAGGAAGAGCAGAAGAACCAGGAAGGACAGGAUAUUGAUAUAUGCAAUAUUAUAUCAAACGGACGACGGUUACCGACACGAAAUGCAACGCCACGUCCGUGUCCGGAGUACGUUCAGAUCAAAAUCCGCGUCGGGGAGGUUAGAAACAGCGGAGAGCGUAGCGCGUGUAACGAUGAUGCGACAUAUGCACCCAAGUUAGAGAAGACACCCAAGUCCGGAACCGGAUCAUUCCCAAACGCAAUAGGAGCAAUAGCCGAACAGGGACAAGUCCAACACAUGCACAUGAUAGUUCGAAGGAGCAUAGUCAGUCGCACAUAA